CGUCUUACACACGUCUAGAACAAAUUAAAAACUGGAAAAAGUUGUAAGCAAAUCAGAAUGGUAGGACCAAUCAAAUAGAUGAAGGGUCUGGAUUUUCUGGUUUUGCCAUUGGUUUCUAUUUAAGGAAAUCAUGGUGUGGUGAUAGUCGUCGCUGAAUCAUAUCAUGCAAGGAAGGGCAACCCUCCAGGAAGCUAGGAACCCAAUAGUAAGCAGACAAUUGUGAGCUUGCUCAACAUUCAGGGCACUGGGUAAGAAUGAGUAGUCCAAGUUCAAUGGUUGGAUUGCACAUUUAUGUUUAUAUAUUAUUUAUGCUCUGCAGGGCAGUGGGUAAGAAUGAGUAGUCAAAGUUCAAUGGGGAUGAGAGGCGCAGAUGGUAAUCCUGCAAAUAGAAAUAUAUUCUCAUUUCUGAAUGAUAUUUGGCAACAAUGGAACAUCCAAACCAUCGUUCUGGCCAGUCUAGCCUUCCAGAUAGUGCUAAUAUUUGCAGCUCCUACAAGAACACGAGCCAAGGGCAGCUUUCGUGUGGUCACACUCUGGAGUGUGUAUCUGCUAGCGGACUAUAUCGCUACAUAUGCCAUAGGCCUCAUCAACAAUGGCAGCCAAAUUCAAGGUACAAAUGAUGAAGCUACGGAGGCUUGCGGCUCAUUUAAACACAUGGAACUUGCGCCUCUCUGGGCUCCUUUCCUCUUGCUCCAUUUGGGUGGCCCCGACACCAUCACCGCUUUCGCUAUUGAGGACAACGAGCUCUGGCUCCGCCAUUUGCUAAGCUUGUUCGUUCAGCUUUUCUCGGUUCUGCUUGUGUUUUACCGCUACCGGAUUCACAAGAGUAGAUUCUUAAUCCCAACGGGGCUCACUUUUAUCGCCGGGGUCAUUAAGUACGCGGAACGGACCCGUUCCUUGAAUCUGGCGUCCCUGGCGAAUUUGAAGAAGUCGAUGCGCGAGGAGCCUGAUGCCGGGCCUGAUUACGCCCAGCUUAUGGAGGAGAUGUCGUCUAAGCAGGCGGCGAAUCUUCCCGUCACGAUUGAUAUUAACCGUGAGAAAGGAGCCAAAGCUGAUGAUAUGGACGAUGUUGUUGAUAUGACACAAAAAUAUCAGGCCCUGGAAGAGCUUGAAGUUAUAAAGCACGGGUACAAGUUCUUCAGGGUCUUCAAAGGCCUGAUUGUUGAUCACAUGUUUAGCUUCCUGGAGCGGGACGAGAGUAGGAGAUUCUACAGAUCAUUGGAGUUUAAGGAUGCUUUUAGAGUGAUGGAAAUGGAGCUCAACUUCAUCUACGAUGCCAUGUUCACCAAGCUGAGCGCCGUCCGUAGCAUCUUCGGCUACAUUUUCCGUUUCAUUUGCACCGCUCUGCUUGUAUCCGCAACCGUCACAUUCUCCCUGUCCCUGAAGAAUUCGCCGCAUCAUAUACAUCCGGGCGACAUAAUUGUCACGUAUUUCUUGCUGGGCGGUGGUGUUGCCUUAGAUUUGAUUGCGAUUAUGGAGCUCAUCUUUUCCAAGUGGACCAUAGCGGCUCUACUUGUGGAUUCAGAGAAGAGUGUUACUGCAAGCACAUCCGCCCGGAACUGGAGGAAAACGGUGGCCAAAGGGAUUAAAAGAGUGAAGGGAAUCAUUCCGACCAAGCGUUGGUCGGAGGAAAUGCAUCAGUAUAGCUUCAUCAAUCACUGCUUACACAAGUGGCCGGAUUGGGUUACCUAUCUGAUCGACCAGGUCGGGCUGACCGAGAUGGUUUGUUCUUGUCUAUAUGGUAAAACUCGAGAUGUUGAUGAAAGAUUGAAGAUGAUUAUUUUCGAGGAGAUCAAGAAAAAGGGAAAGCAGGCAACCAAAACCAGUGUUGCUAAGGAGAUUUCUUCGUCUAAAGGAGAAUGGACACUCCUUGACUAUAAUUGUGGUCCAGAAAUUCAUUUCAGCGUUAGCCAAGACGUGGACUAUGAUGAGUGUGUCCUAUUGUGGCAUAUUGCUACUGAGAUAUUUUAUUUCAGUAAUUCCAAAGCAAAAACUCGGGAUAUCGAAGCUGCAGCAAAAUCUGUUGAAAAUAAUCCUCAGCAGCCGCAGAAGAAGCAGGAGGAGAAUGCGGGUGACUCAUCAUCAAAACAGGAUAAUGAUGUUCAUGAUGCAGAGAUAUGCAGAUACAUCUCAGAAUACUUGCUGUAUCUGUUGGUGAUUGAGAGGAAAAUGACUGCUGCAGUGGCAGGCAUUGUAGAAAUCAGGUUCAGAGACACCUGUAAGGAAGCCACCAAUUUCUUCAGCAGACAGCCAAAGCAGAAAAAAGCUGAAGGGGGGAGCUGCUUCUCCUCCUGCUGCCAUUUUCUCCAUGAAACAUUCAAAAAUGUCAAAAAAUCAUGCCGCUUGUACUUGUAUUCCAUGGUGUUAUCCACAUGGGAAGACAUCAAGUACGUGUUUACCCUCAAAUGCUUCACAGAAAAGGUGAGAAAGAGGAAGCCAACCAAGUGGGAAGAAGAACAGAACAGAUUGGAAGACAAGAAAAGAAAAGAAGCGUGUGAGAAUCUAAAAUCAGUGAAUCCACAAGUGAGGCCGUCGGAAGUGAAGGGAGAUCGAAGCAAGUCACUGUUGUUCGACGCGUGUAUACUUGCAGCUCAUCUGGAGAGGCUGUGCAAGAGCAAUGACUUCACUGAGAAUAGAGUGUGGGAAAUGAUGAGCAGAGUUUGGGUAGAGUUGUUGUCGUAUGGAGCGUGCCAUUGCAGAGGAGACGCUCAUGCUCAGUACCUAGGCAAAGGGGGAGAGCUGCUCACAUUUGCUUGGCUUUUGAUGGCGCAUUUUGGGCUGGGAGAGCAGUUCAGAAUCGAGGCCGGACACGCCAGAGCAAAGUUGAUUGUGGGAAAGGAGGACAUCAACUAAACUAAUCACUUUCAUUUUAUUCAUUUCUGCUCUGAUAUGCUUUAAUCUCAUACCAUAUCGGAUCGAGGCCAUCCAAUAAAUCUGUAAUCAUCUCAUCUUUCUCCUCCGAUCCGAUAUAUCCAAAGCAUUUAAUUUCUUUAAUUUCUUAGUUACUUACGUUGUAAUAGCAGCUGGCAUUAUAUUGUUCUGAUCUACAAACUGUUACAUUAUUGCUCAUAAUUAAAGUGUUCCGUAUCUGGAAUAUCUCUUUCUCAUA